AAGAAUUACAAUGAUGUCACGGACAAUCUCGCUGCCACAACGGGCUUACUCAGAACGCACAUCCAAGAACUGAAUCGAAAACAAGACGAACUCAAGCAGUUCUGGCCUGGUUGCUGUUUUGCUGAAAGCGCUUGGCGGUUGUCUGGCAGAGCAGGCUUUGCCUUUAAGCUCCGGCUGCAGCACGCAGACAACGUCGUUCGGGCGGUGUUCGUGAAUAUCCUUUCGCUGUUGGGCGCGUCGGUUCGGCGGAGUAGGAUUUGUCGAGCGUCGUUCCGGCGUUGUUGGCGAAUGUCCGUCCUUUCGCUGCUGGGCGCGUCGGGCCGUCGGUCGGAGCAAGCAGGACCGAGUGAGGCCGUAUGGUAACUGUACCCGCGCAGCUCAUUCCACAAAGGGGGAACGGGCAGCCAUGAUAUAUGAAGCCGAACUGGAAAAGAUAUACACCGAUCUCUUCAAGUUGCUGACUGGCAACCACAAGGUAAAGGAGAGGAACUUGAAUGAGAACUUCCUUGCGACAGCAAUGCCGCUUGUAGCGUCGAACCAUUUGCCAGAGGUGGCAGACAACAGCGACGGCUUCUGGCGUCGACCAAAGGUCAUUGAGUGCUUGGCUAAGUUUGUCGACUCACCGGGUCCACCUAGUGCGCGAGAACGGAAGUUAGAUGAUAGCAUGGCCGAGAAUUCAUUGCCCUGCGCCGAUACGUUUCUUGCCCUCUUAGUCAAAUAUCAUCGCGGACGAUAUCUUGUAGAAGGUUUGACAAGGUAUCAGCCAGAGAGCGUUUGUAAAGCCACCAAAGCUUGGCGGUAUUCGCAAGACCCUCCACAACAAUUCGUGGACCUAACGUGCAAUCCCGGCGUAGAUGCGUACGUGACCAGCGACGCUCUGUUGGUUGCAUUCAAGGAGUGAACCACCAGGGAACAGCUGGGCUCGGACAACAAAAAGGUCAAGGCGCUGAAGCACCUCAUGGACCUGCGCUAUGGGAAGAGCAAUGAGCAGAGGAAGAUAGGUCAAGGGUGCAGCGAAGAAGACCUCUAUAACAUUAUGGGCCAAUGCUCGACUAGACAAACAAGGCUGGCAAUGGGAUGUGAAUGAUGGUGAGGAUACAGAACGCAAGCGCAGGGUCUCCUCCUUCUGAUUGAUGCUACGUUGUUCAAGUUUCAGGAAUA